AUGGCUCUCUCUGUAGCAGGCAGACAUGCUAUUGUCACUGGUGGUGGUUCAGGCAUCAACCUUGCAUUUACGAAGAAGCUUCUCUCGCGCGGCUGCUCGGUUCUGGUUGGUGAUAUAAGCCUACGACCAGAGGCCCAGGAGCUUCUAAAGCAGUAUCCACACAAUCCAUCGACACCGCCUUCUGCCGAUACGCCUGUCGCACUCUUCAAGAAGACGGAUGUUGCAUCAUGGCCACAGCUAUCGGCGUUGAUUCGCGCGGCUGAGGUGGCCUUUCCACAAGUCGACAUUGUCGUUCCUGGCGCUGGCAUUUUUGAGCCCAGGUGGAGUUCUUUCUGGAACCCUCCGAAGUCACCAACCAAUCCCGAUAGCCCUUCACGAGAUGAUGCAGACGGCGAACCGGGCCAUUAUGCCGUGAUGGAUGUCAAUUUGACGCACCCAAUCCGACUCAGCCAGCUCGCCAUCGCUCACUGGACCUCACGCCGUAUUCCGGGCUCGCUGCUCGUUGUUGGCAGCAUGGCUGGAUACGUGCACGGUAUCGGGUCACCAUUAUACCAUGCUAGCAAACAUGGAUUGCACGGCUUUGUGCGCAGUCUCGGCCGUCUGCGAGACACGGUAGGUAUUCGCACGGCGGCCAUUGCACCAGGUGCUGUCAAUACACCGCUAUGGAGCGAUGAUCUUGAUAAAAGCAACAUGAUCGGCUCAGACGAUAUUGCAGCCAGCGCGGAUGAUAUUGCUGAAGCCAUGUUGGAACUGCUGGAGAAUCCACAAUACGGCGAUGGGACGAUAUUUGAGGCAACGGCCAGAGGCACGCGGGUAGUCCCCGCGUUUAAUGCUCCUCUGCCAGACGUCAAGGGUGGAGGUAUAUCGGAGUAUGAGGCCAAAGUUUCGAGACAAUGGGAGAAGACAAUUACGGAGGAGGGGCUCAAGGUUUAG